ACCCGGGGCGGGCACCGACGUCGCCCUGGCACUCCAGAGCCUUGGAAGGUGCCCAGACCCCGCUCCACCCCCAAGGUACUGUGGGCUGGUGACAGCGCCUCUCUGGGCCUCAGUUUACCCCUCUGUAAAGUGGCACUGCCGUCCACAGUAGGGCCAUGAUGGAGAAGCCCCAUGUUCAGGCGUAACCAGCAGGGCUCGCAUCUGACGGGGCCACGGUGAGACCAGAACUUGAGCCCCUGCCCAAGGACUUCCCCGAGCCAGGUGCUGGGUUCCCAGCCUGCUGGGGCUCUCCCUGCCAGUCAGCCGGCCGCCUGCCCGCUGUGACCUCAGGGGUGCCCCUCCCUCUGAAUGUACCCCCCCCCCCCCCCGAGGCUGAGUCCACCCUAGGCCUCCGCGCACUGAUCCUAACCAGGCGCUGUGGUGCAGGGAGAGAAGACCCAGCUUGACUGAGCGCCAGCUGUGUACCCAGUGCCUUCUGUCCCUUCUGAAACCCUGGGAGGAAGGCAUCCUUCCUCCCCAUUUCCCAGGAAACUGAGACUCUGAAAGGAGGUGCCACUUCUCCUGGAUCAGCACGUUUGGGGGCCAAGCAUCAGGGCCAGCUUGGCCACCAGAGUCUCUUGAGGGUUUGAGCCACCCUCUGUGACUGGCAAGCCACAGGGGGGAAUAUCAUGGGCUUCUCGCACAGCUUGGGUAAAAGUUCAGGGAAGGGACAGGUCCAUGGGUCAGUGACCUCUAGAAUUUGAUGGCCCAUCAAUCGUUUACACCUUAGUAUGAAUGAGCUGCUCAGUCUCUUCCUACAGGCCUUUAAUGGGGAGAAGAGAGAACAAUUUGGAGCCCACACUGGGUGCUGGGCAAGAGGCAGAUACCUUCAUCAGCUGCCGCAGCGGGAGCCGCAAGAGCCUGGUGGUAGGAACGCCCUCGCCGACCCUUUCCCGGCCCCUGUCGCCUCUGUCGGUCCCCACCGCAGGCAGCAGCCCGCUGGAGAGUCCUCGGAACUUCUCGGCUGUAUCUGCUGUCAGCUUCCCCUUUGCCCGGAGGGCCGAUGGCAGAAGAUGGUCCCUCGCAUCCCUCCCGUCUUCUGGCUAUGGAACCAACACGCCCAGCUCCACUGUCUCGUCGAGCUCAUCCUCCCGGGAGCGCCUCCACCAGCUUCCUUUCCAGCCGACAGCAGACGAACUGUGCUUCCUGUCCAAGCAUUUCCGCAGCUCAGAGAGUAUGGCUGAUGAGGAGGGUGGCCACUGCUCACCCCGCCUGCGCCCCCGCUCCCGCAGCCUCAGCCCGGGACGCACGACGGGGACCUUCGACAACGAGAUCGUCAUGAUGAAUCAUGUGUACCGGGAGAGGUUCCCCAAGGCCACGGCGCAGAUGGAGGGCCGGUUGCAGGACUUCCUCGCAGCCUUCUCACCUGGCGCCCGGCUGGCGCUGGCGGACGGCGUCCUGGGCUUCAUCCAUCACCAGAUCACCGAGCUGGCCCGCGACUGCCUGGCCAAGUCGCGCGAGGCACUCGUCACCUCUCGCUACUUCCUGGAGAUGCAGGAGAAGCUGGAGAGGCUGCUGCAGGACGCCCACGAGCGCUCGGACAGUGAGGAGGUUGGCUUCAUCGUCCAGCUGGUCCGGAAGCUGCUGAUCAUUAUCUCGCGGCCGGCGAGGCUCCUCGAGUGCCUGGAGUUUGAUCCUGAGGAGUUUUACCACCUGCUGGAGGCUGCUGAGGGCCAGGCCCGCGAGGACCAGGGCAUCAAGACAGACCUGCCACGGUACAUCAUCGGGCAGCUAGGCCUGGCGAAGGACCCCUGUGAGGAAAUGGUGCCUCUGAGUCACCUCGAGGAUGGAGGACAGCCACCUGCGCCCGAGUCCCCAGAGAGCCGCGCCCUGGUCGGCCCUUCACGGAGGAAGCCUUGCGAGAGUGACUUCGAGACCAUCAAACUCAUUAGCAACGGGGCGUACGGGGCUGUCUACCUGGUGCGGCACCGGGACACGCGGCAGCGCUUCGCCAUCAAGAAGAUCAACAAGCAGAACCUGAUGCUGCGCAACCAGAUCCAGCAGGUCUUCGUAGAGCGCGACAUCCUCACCUUCGCCGAGAACCCCUUUGUGGUCUGCAUGUUCUGCUCCUUCGAGACCCGGCGCCACCUGUGCAUGGUCAUGGAGUACGUGGAAGGUGGCGACUGUGCCACGCUCCUGAAGAACAUGGGCCCGCUGCCCGUGGACAUGGCCCGCAUGUACUUCGCCGAGACGGUGCUGGCGCUCGAGUACCUGCACAACUACGGCAUCGUCCACCGGGACCUCAAGCCUGACAACCUGCUCAUCACCUCGCUCGGCCACAUCAAGCUGACCGACUUCGGCCUGUCCAAGAUCGGGCUCAUGAGCAUGGCCACCAACCUCUAUGAGGGCCACAUCGAGAAGGACACGAGGGAAUUCGUGGACAAGCAGGUGUGCGGGACGCCUGAGUACAUCGCCCCUGAGGUCAUCUUCCGCCAGGGCUACGGGAAGCCGGUGGACUGGUGGGCCAUGGGUGUCGUCCUCUAUGAAUUCCUGGUGGGCUGCGUGCCUUUCUUUGGAGAUACCCCCGAGGAACUCUUUGGCCAGGUGGUCAGUGAUGAGAUCAUGUGGCCAGAGGGGGAUGAGGCCCUUCCAGCUGAUGCCCAGGACCUUAUCACCAGGCUGCUCCGCCAGAGCCCACUGGACCGACUGGGCACUGGUGGUGCCCAUGAGGUGAAGCUGCACCCCUUCUUCCGGGCGCUCGACUGGGCGGGCCUGCUGCGACACAAGGCUGAGUUUGUGCCGCAGCUGGAAGCCGAGGAUGACACCAGCUACUUCGACACGCGCUCGGAGCGGUACCGCCACCUGGGCUCCGAGGACGACGAGACCAACGACGAGGAGUCCUCCGCCGAGAUCCCUCAGUUCUCCUCCUGCUCCCACCGCUUCAGCAAGGUCUACAGCAGCUCUGAGUUCCUAGCUGCCCAACCCACCCCAACCUUCGCAGAGCGGAGCUUCAGUGAGGAUCGGGAGGAAGGCUGGGAGCGCAGCAGCGAGGGGGAGCACGGCCGCCGGCUGAGCAUUGAUGUCCGGCUGAGGUCCUGGACAUCCUCUGGAUCCUCCUGCCACUCAUCCGUGUCCCAGCAUGAGCGGGGCCCCAGCCCAUCUCUCCUGAACACCAUCAGCCUGGACACCAUGCCCAAGUUUGCCUUCUCGUCAGAGGAUGAAGGGCCUGGUCCAGCCCCUGUGGGCCCUAAGAAGCCCGUCUUCAUUCUAGGGGAGCCUGACCCACCCCCGGCAGCCACCCCAGUGAUGGCCAAGCCCUCAAGCCUUUGUGCUGACACAGCCGUCCUCAGCCACGCGCGCCUGCGGAGCAACAGCACCGGCGCACGCCACUCCACACCGCGGGCCCUGGAUGCCGGCCGGGGCCGCCCCCCAGGGGGCUCGAGAGACCCGGCCCCGGAGAAGUCCAGGGCCGGCCCCAGUGGGGGCCGUGUGCCCAAGUCGGCCUCGGUGUCCGCCCUGUCGCUCAUCAUCACGGCAGAUGAUGGCAGCGGCGGCCCCCUGGUGAGCCCCCUGUCCCCACGCUCGCUGUCCUCAAACCCGUCGUCCCGCGACUCCUCGCCAAGCCGAGACCCGUCCCCGGUGUGUGACAGCCUGCGGCCCCCCAUCGUUAUCCACAGAGCAGGCAAGAAGUAUGGCUUCAGCCUGCGGGCGAUCCGCGUCUACAUGGGCGACAGUGACGUCUACACCGUGCACCACGUUGUCUGGAGCGUGGAGGAGGGCAGCCCCGCCCAGGAGGCCGGCCUGCGAGCCGGGGACCUCAUCACCCACAUCAACGGGGAGUCGGUCCUGGGGCUGGUGCACAUGGACGUCGUUGAGCUGCUGCUGAAGAGCAGCGACAAGAUCUCCCUCCGAGCCACGGCCCUGGAGAACACCUCCAUCAGGGUGGGCCCCGCCCGGAAGGACGCAGCCAAGGGCCGCAUGGCACGCAGGAGCAAGCGGAGCCGCCGGCGGGAGGCCCAGGACCGGCGGAAGUCGCUCUUCAAGAAGAUUUCAAAACAGUCGUCUGUGCUGCACACCAGCCGCAGCUUCUCCUCCGGCCUCCACCACUCCCUGUCGUCCAGCGAGAGCCUGCCUGGCUCGCCCACCCACAGCCUCUCCCCCAGCCCCAGCACGCCCAGCCGCAGCCCAGCACCCGAGGCGCCGGCAGACACCGCAUCCCCUCCCAGUGCAUCCCCGAGCUCCAGCAGCCCUGCCUCUCCAGCCGCCGCUGGCAACACCCGCCCCAGCUCCCUGCACGGCCUGGCCGCCAAGCUUGGGCCACCCCGCCCCAAGACUGGCCGCCGCAAGUCCACCAGCAGCAUCCCGCCCUCCCCGCUGGCCUGCCCCCCCGUCCCUGCGCCCCCACCCCGCUCACCCUCGCCCCUGCCAGGGCACCCGUCUGCGCCCACCCGGUCUCCACGGUUGCGCCGGGGCCAGUCAGCCGACAAGCUGGGUGCCGGUGAGCGGCUGGAAGGGGAGGCGGGGCGUCGCAGCCGCGGGCCGGACUCAGAGCUGGUGGUCAUGCGGCGGCUGCACCUGUCCGAGCGCCGGGACUCCUUCAAGAAGCAGGAGGCCGUGCAGGAGGUGAGCUUUGACGAGCCGCCCGAGGAGGCCAGCGGGCCACCCGCCUCGGUGCCGCAGAUCGCUGUGGAGGGCACCGAGGCCCUGCCGGGAGCCCUCGGACCCGCCAGGAAGGACUAAGCCCUCCCUGGCCUGGAAGGCGCAUGUGUUCUGUGCAGUGUUUUUUCUGUAAAGUGACACCUGGGUGAAGACUGAGCCACCAGCCUGACACCUGGCAAGCGAGAAGCCAUCUCAGUCCCUCCUGGAAGGUGGAGACAGCACCUCCCUCUGUUCUGGUGCCGGUCGGGCUGUAGCGGCAGGAAUGGGGGAUGAGGGUGUCCUUGUAAAUAGCAGCAAAACCUGCAACUAAUUUAUUACCUUUUAUGAGUGACAGCCAGAUGGAGCCGCCACUACAAAGGCAGCUGCCCGGGUCCUGCCCUUGCAUCUGGGACCCCGUUUGCAGACCCUGCCCCCUGGGCUGAGAAGGAAGUACUUUGCACAAGUCACAUGUAUUUGUGCUUUCUGGUUUUUCUGUACCUUUUAUGUUAUUUUGUGAACUUGAUCCCAUCGCUGACCCGAGACCCAGUGAUUUGCAGCCCAGUUCCCGGGUCUUGGCUCAGUUUGGAUAUGACUUGGAAUGUCUGUAACAAUUCCCCUCCACCGUAAAACAAAGUAAUCCGAUGACAGGCUGGCUGCUGAAGGCUGCUUCCCACCAUCACAGCCUCCACUCCUAGGCCAGCCUUGCUAGAGUCGGCCUCCAGUCCUGCAGGCUUCAGCCUGGAGGAGGGGUUGUGGGGGAACUGGGGCUUUGAUGGAUGAGUAGGAGUUCAGUAGCUAGGCAGAGGGGUCACCCACUCCACAAGAGGACACUGAUGUUCUGGGAGGCACAGGCCUUGAAGAACGCUACCAGGCCUGGAGAAAAAUGUGCACCCUGGACGUGAUUUCACCUGUUUGAUGCCCACCGCUGCGACCCCCUGAGCAUGAUGUGUCUGAAACACCCCCCCCAGGGGUUCCCUCAUUUUGGAGCCUCCCUGAGAUGAAGUUUGAUUGAGUAAACCCAACUGGGGGCAGUGGGGGCCCGUCUGAAUCUUGGCUUCACCGUGUGGCUCUGGGAAAAUGGCGUCCCCACUUUGUGCCUCAGUUUCCUUGUGUUUACAGAACUGACCGCAGUGAGCACGUGGGGCCCCAGUGCUGUGUGCCAGCGCUUCCGCUCGCUCCGCCGCGCGCGCGGGGUGCUGAGGCCGGGGGGCAGACGCGCCCGCGCCCCCCUGGCGAGAGUCGGGUCGCCAGCCCCGCUCUCCCGGCCGCCCCCACUGGGCGCGGGCUGGCGGGGUCGCCGCGCCCCGCUGUCCGGGCCCUGCAGUCCGCUCUGCCUGCUCCCGUGCCCGCGCCCCGGUGCUGGAGUAGACCAGGCUGUGCAUGACUCGCUCCCUCCGUCCAUCCUGGAGCUCACAGUGAAUAAAAGCCCAUGUCUGCAAAGA